AUGAAUCAAAAUGAAAUAGCUUUACCGGCAUCAUCAUCUCAGUUACCUCAUGCUAGUCAACUUCCACUUGCUCAAAGGUUUUCAGCAAUCCCUCUUGCUUUUUGUUGUUUUGCCAUUGGAUCUAUUCUUAUUGGUUUCGUCAAUACUGGACUGAUCACCAGUGUCACUGCAUUACCUGUUGGUUCUUGUAUUGCUACUAGUGGUGUAGGUUUAUUCAUUGGAUCUAUAAGUGAACUUCUUAAAGGUGAAACAUUGACUGGUACAGCCAUGGGUAUUUACUCUGGAUUUUAUUUUGCUUAUGGUAUUCUUUUCAUUCCUAGCUCAGGAUUUUUGGAAUCAACAGUUCAAACAGGAGGAUUACGAGAAGUACAAAAAUGUGCGGCUCUUUUCUCAUUUGUCUAUGCCGUACCAGCCUUUAUGCUCUUUUUGGGUUCAUUGAAACAAGCUUGGUUGGUUCGAUUCUUGAUGCUUCAAGUGACACUUGCCUAUUUUUUAAGUGGUCUUGGUAAUGCUAUGGGAAAUACACCCUUAGUAGUUGCUGGAGGCUGGUUCUCCAUUACACUUGGUAUCACAGCAUGGUACAUGGCUGCUGCCAUGUUGUUCACAAAAGAAAAUACUUAUUUUGUUCUCCCCUUAUUUUAA